GCAUCAACGACUCCUUCUUCCUCCUCCUCGCCUUCGUCAUCCCUUCCCGAUUCCCUACAUGUGAUGCAUAUAUAAAUUAACCUAGCUUCCUUGCUCGAUCGUCUCCAACGCACACUGAUCUCCCCUGCGGCCUCUCCGGCGAUCCGUACGUCGCCGGCGGCGAUCGAUUUGUAUAUCAAUAUAUGCUGUUCUUGUGCUUGUGCACCAUCGUCGUCGUACUCCAGUGCUACUUGGCCGCCGCCGCCGCCGCCGCCGGCUUAGCUUCUCGCCGCCGUAAGCUGGCCGUCGUCGUCAUGGCGUGCAUGCUCUGCUGCUCCCCAUUGCCCGCGCUGUCGUCCCCGGCCACCGGCGGCGCCGCCGUCGUUGGCUUCUCCUCUUCGUCGCGGAGGAAGGCGGCGCACGUGCACCCGGCGGUGGCGGUGAAGGAUCACGACCUGUCGUCGUCGUCGCCGGCGGCGUGCGGCGACGAGGGCGGCGGUGCCGUGGUGAUAGAGGAGGAGGCACAUCCGUCGAUGAUGAUGAGUGUGGCGGCGCCGGCGAUGAAGAAGAAGGCGGUGGCGGCGAGGUGGAGGCCGCCGAGGCUGGUCGUGCCGGCGGUGGCUGGCGCCGACGAGGCAAUGGCGGCGGCGGCGGCGGUGAAGGCGGCGAAGGAGAAGGAGGAGGAGGAGGCCAUGGAGGUAGAGGGAGAAGGGUUUUGGGUGGCGAGUAGGAGAGGACUUAGGCAUGCAAUGGAGGAUGGCUAUGGUGUGAUCACUCACAAAAUUGAAGGGCAUUCCCAAAUGGCAUUCUACGGUGUGUACGAUGGUCACGGCGGCCGCGCCGCCGUAGACUUCGUCGCCGGCCGCCUCGGCAACAACGUCGUCGCCGCCGCGGAGAAGCAAAGAUUAUCAGAAAAAGCAUCGUCUCCGGCGGCGGCCGACCACGUCGCGGCGGCGAUCCGAGCGGCGUACCUGGCCACCGACAGCGAGUUCCUCAGCCAGGGAACAAGAGGCGGCGCAUGCGCUGCGACGGCGCUGGUGAUCGACGGCGACCUCUACGUCGCCAACCUCGGCGACUGCCGCGCCGUCAUCAGCCGCCACGGCGCCGCCGCCGCCCUCACCUCCGACCACACGCCGGCGAGGGACGACGAGAGGUCCCGCAUCGAGUCCUCGGGCGGGUACGUGAGCUGCGGCAGCAAUGGCGUGUGGCGCGUGCAGGACUGCCUCGCGGUGACGAGGUCGUUCGGCGACGGCGGCCUGAAGCGGUGGGUGGUGGCGGAGCCGGAGGUGAGCAGGACGCCGCUCGCCGGCGCCGGCUGCGAGUUCCUCGUCAUCGCCUCCGACGGCCUCUGGAACAAGGUGUCCAACCAGGAGGCGGUGGACGCCGUCGCCGCCGGCCAUUAUUCCGUGGACUCGUGCCGGCGGCUGGUGGACAUGGCGCGGCGGAGGGGGAGCAGGGAUGACGUCACCGUCAUGGUCGUCGACCUCAAGAGGUUUUUGAACUGCUGAUUAAUUAGCGACAAAAUUGUCAACUGACUAACCAUAAUUAUUAGGAGUUAAUUAGAUGGAUUAACUAAGCUGAUGAUGGAUGGGAGAUGAUAUGUAGCUGAUUAGCACUGAUGGCAUGAUAAGCCUGUAGAUAUGCAGCCUCUUUGGUUUGGUAAUUCUUUUGACAGUAAUAUUUUUGUAUAUGCAUGUACUAUGUAUUUAUGCAUGUAUAUUUGUAGGAUGAAAUAUAGGGGCUGGCAAUGAGAGGCUAGUAGCACUGUAUCCCUCAAUUUGUAAAUGUAAGAUAUGUCAAAAUCCAAUUAAUUAACUUGUGUAAAUUCGAUCGAUGUAGUAUAUUGAAGUCUUUGAACACUGAGGCAA